AAAUCUUUCUCGGCGCGGGCCGUGUCGCGCUCCCACCAGCGUGCAGAGCACAUCCUGAAAAACCUGCAGCAGGAGGAGGAGAAGCGGCGUCUUGGGCGCGAGGCCAGCAUCAUCACAGCCAUCCCCGUGGCCCAGGAGGCCUGCUACGAACCCACCUGCAGCCCCCCGCCCGAGCAGGAGGAGGAAGAAGAAGAGGUCAAUCUGGCGUCUCGCCGCAUGUCCGUCACUCCGUCCUGCACCUCCAGUAACUCUCACAGGAACUACUCCUUCCGCCGCGGCUCCGUGUGGUCAGUCCGCUCCGUGGUCAGCGCCGAGGAUGAGGAGAACACUACGGAGCACACGCCCACUCAUCACAUGCUGCAGCCCCCCCAGGCCGUCUUCCCAGCAUGCAUCUGUGCACUGUCUUACCCAUAGUGCACCUGAUGGAGGACGGGGAGGUGCGAGAGGACGGUG